AUGACUGUAUAUGCAAGCUCAUCCCCGGCUAUAUUGGCUGUUGUUGCUAGCUUUGUAUGGUACUGCAUUCUUCGAGCCUUCUACAACUUAUACCUACACCCCUUAAAAGCGUUCCCGGGCCCUUGGUUGGCCAGAGCUGGCGUUCUAUGGCAUUCCUAUCAUAGUCUCCGCGGCGAUCUCCAAUAUGCUUUACACCAGAUGCAUCUAAAUUACGGCCCGACCAUUCGAAUCGCACCAAACGAACUCAUUUUUCUUGAUCCGAAAGCAUGGAAAGACAUAUAUGGUCAUCGCAAUGGAACUCCGGAAUACAUCAAGGAUUCAUCUCUAAUCUUUACUGCCGACGCCGGCCCAAGCCUCUUUUCCGUUCUCAAGGAUGACCACUCGAAGCUAAGACGACUAUUGUCUCACGGCUUUUCGGAAAAAGCACUACGACAGCAGGAAUCCGUCAUUUCUGGCUACGCCAAUCUUCUGGUAGACCGACUGCGCCAGGUCUAUGACAAACCAAUCGACGCGGCUGCAUGCCACAAUUAUUUUGCAUUCGACGUGAUUGGUCAUCUAGUAUACGCGGAAUCCUUCGAUUAUCUUUCGCGCUCCGAAUAUCAUCCCUGGGUCAAGUUAAUUUUCAGUACCAUGAGGGUAAUCUCCUGGAACAGGUCUUUCAAUUGCCUAGCACCACAGAUUACUCGGCUUCUGAUCAAACUUGUGCCGCAAAAAGUCGUCGACGAAGGCCAUGCACUUCUGGAGAUGACAAGGGCAAAGCUUCACCGGAGAAUAGAAGCCAAGCUACAGUAUACAGACUUGAUGGAGAAUCUCUUAGUGGCUCAGAAACAGGGCAAGAUCACGAUGGACGAGGUGUUUGAUAACGCCACCCCCCUUAUCGUUGCUGGCAGCGAAACGACAUCUAUAGCUCUUGCAGGGGCUACCUAUUUCCUCCGCCAAAAUCCCGAGGUAUAUCAGAAACUAAAGACAGAGGUUUGGUCAGCUUUCAACCACAGGAGUGAAAUUAACAUUUCAAAAGCUGCCGGCUUGCGCUAUCUGGCGGCAGUAAUCGAUGAAACAAUGCGCGGAUUUAUCGCUGGACACUUCGUCCCGGGCAAUACCUUGGUCGGCAUCAGUCAAUAUGCUGCAUUCAGAUCGCCUCAUAACUUCGCCUGGCCCGACGAAUUCGCUCCGGAGAGAUUCAUAGACUCCGACCAGCCAGCAUGGGCAAAUGACAAACGGGACGUCCUACAACCGUUCCUUUUCGGACCGAGAAACGGCAUUGGCAGAAAUCUGGCAUUUAUUUAA